AUGUGCAUCACCAAUGUUAUUUUAGCUGUGUUGCAGCACAUUCUCCAUGGCCAAAGGUUUUGCAACGUCGAGAACGGCAUUUACACUCGUGGUAAUCGUCGAGCAGCAUACACGGCAUCAGUAAACAAGGCAGUGUUGCCCAGCAUGAGUACAGCCAUGCACCCGGAAGACUACACGGUAGUCCCCAUUCCGCUCUUAAACGCCACAGUGAGCAACGUUGAGUUGAUGUCACUGACCAAGCCCUCCCUCCAGGCCAGAGUCUCCGUCAUCUUCAACGCGCCGCUCUCCUUUGAGAAGCUCCAUUCUGCUUGGAUCACCGCCCUCCACGCCCGGCCCAUCAUGCAGGCGCCGAUGCGGGAGUGUCCCUCCGCCCCCUCCGGCCUCGCCUACCACGUACGCACCCCCACCGGCAUGGCCAAGUACUUGAAGCGGCAGGACUCGCUCCCGGAGCACCUUCGCGACUUUUGCUGCCUGGAUGAGUCGCACCGGUCCAUCCGGAGCUAUUGUCCCGGCUUCGGCGGGGCGGCGGCCUCCGACGACGGCGGCGUGGUGGUGAUUAGCCAGGGUCCCGAGGCGGCGGACCAGAAGCGGUGCGCGGCGCUGAACGCGGUGGACGGCUUCGACCAGCUGCGGCGCUCGGACCGGCCGCAGACGACGAUCCAGGUGACGCGGUUCCGGGACGCGACCCUGGUGACGAUGUCGGUCAACCACGCGUUCGGCGACUUGGUGACGAUCAAGUCGUUCCUGAAGGCGUGGGAGGCGGCGCUGCACGGGAGGGAGGUCCGGCCGUACGAGCGCGUGGACGCGGACCCGUUCCUCGGCUACGAGCCCGGCGGCGAGUUGGCGAGUGGUGGUGGUGGUCUGCCGCCGCCGCCGCCGCCGGAGGGCUGGAAGGUGUACGGCCUGCUCGACAAGGCGAGGUUCAUGAGGAGGUACCUGUGGGACCACUACGUCCAGCGGCCGGAGCGCUCCAUCGAGGACAGGCGCAUCUUUCUGCCGGACGAGUUUGUCGCGGCGCUGCAGGAGAAGGCGCGGUACGACCUGACCUUUGUGCAGAAGAGGCUGGACGGCGAGAAGCUGAAACCUGAGGGUGAAGACGACGGCACGACCACAAAGGAGAAGAAGGAGAGGAAGAAGCUGUACGUCAGCCGGUCGGACGUGCUGUACGCGUGGCUGCUGAAGCACAGCCACGCGCACCUCCCCCCAGACCAGCCAAGCACGGCCGUGACCAUCUCCAACGGGCGCUUCCGCCCACCCGCCGGGCUCCCCGCCGACCCCGCGAGCCUGGCGGACAACGACCUCCUCUGCGGCGCCAUGGCCAUCGCCCUGCCCGGCCUGACCGCCGGACGGGUCGCCGCGCUGCCGCUCGGCGAGCUGGCGCUGCACGUGCGCGAGGGCAUCCGCGCGCGCACCACCCCCGAGGGCGUGAAGCGGUGGCUCAACUUUCAGCUGGCGCACGGGCGGUGGCGUGAGCCGUCGGGGGCGGUGGUGGCGCCGUGCGAGCCGGGGGACUUUGUGACGGGCAUCACGGACUGGCGGGCGGUGAGGCUGGGGGAGGUGGACUUCUCGCCGGCGCGGCUGCCGGGCGAGGGGGCCGCGGUGGUGAAGAUGAGUGCGGUGGAUGGGCACAUGGUGGUGAAGAGCUCGAGGAGGGACUUUUACAUUUGUCUGGGGGACGUGGAGGGGGGCGUCUGGAUAUUGGGGUAUGCGAGCAGGGAGCAGUGGCGGGAUCCGCGCAGUUUUGGAAGGUAUGAGACGCUGCUGCGAGAGCCGAGGAGCAAGUUGUAG